CGAAUAGACUGGUUAGUCCACAGUCUGACGUGUUAGGUUUUACAUCUCGUGUAAUUUUAACAUCGUUAACUUAUUGCAUAGGUUUUUAUUUAUUUAUUGUUUCUAUUUGAAGAAAAUGGUUCUCGCCGACAGAAAUUCCGAAAAUUUGCGAAACGGUCGUAGGUCCCGAGGACCAAGUCCUAGUGAACAUUCAUCUGACUUAAGUACUGAUGAAGAAUCAGGUGAAAAAAUACGUGUGGGUCGUGAAUACCAGGCCAUCAUUCCACCCUUAAUUCCUGUCAAUGAAAGGAAUUUAGAAGAAUGUCCCGAUCGUGCUUUAUUGGUCUGGUCUCCUACUAAUACAAUCUCAGACAGAAAUCUGGAUGCUUACAUUACAAUAGCAAAAGAAAAAUAUGGUUACAAUGGCGAACAAGCAUUAGGUAUGUUGUUUUGGCACAAACAUAUACUACAAAAUGCUAUAAAUGAUCUGCCAAAUUUCACCCCUUUCCCUGAUGAAUGGACUGUUGAAGAUAAAGUUCUAUUUGAACAAGCAUUUCAGUUUCAUGGAAAAAGUUUUCAUAGAAUUCGUCAAAUGCUACCAGACAAGUCAAUUGCUACCCUCGUUAAACAUUAUUAUUCAUGGAAGAAAACUCGAUGUAGAACGAGUUUAAUGGAUAAGCAUGCUAGGAAAUUAAUCCGAAAUUGUAAUGAAGACUGUAAUGCAUCAGAUGCUGGGUCUGAAGUUGGUUCUAACACUGACUCUGAUUCAGAAGAUAAGAAGUGGCUCCAAUCUGAAAGGAAGACCGUAUCUCCUCCAAGUACAACUCAGUCGAAAUUGGAUAAUAGUUCUCAAGAUAAAGAUGGAGCUGAAUCCAAAACGACGUGUAGUAACUGCGGUGUAGUUUGUACGAUAGCUCAGACCACUUCAAAAGGCCCUUUGUGUAAUUCGUGUUACACUCAUUGGAGGCGAACUGGAUGUAUACGACCUACCGUUGGACCGGCUAAACCAAGAGAUCGCCACGCGAACAGCGUCCUUGCUCGUAGCAAACGCAAACCCCCUCGAGGGAUGUACAUUAACCAUGACGACCUAGUGACAUUAUCCUCUGCGGAACAACCCCAGCAAGGGGGCGACGCCAUCCUUAAGAGCAUGGACAGGGACAUAGUCUCCCUAAAAAGACAAGUACAAAAUAAUAAGCAAGUAUUAUCCUCUCUUAUAUCGACCACUUCCGAUGGUCUCGGUGACAGUAGACCUUCUGAUAACAAUACUCGCAUUAAUGCUAGGUGGACCAAUGAAGAAAUGCUUCUUGCUGUCCAAGGUAUUCGAAUGCAUGGGAAAGACUUUUCCACAAUAGCUGAAAUCAUAGGUACCAAAACAGAAGCUCACGUACGUUCCUUUUAUGCAAAUCAGAGAAAGAGGUACAACUUGGACAAAGUUGUUUCAGAAUAUGAAGCUGAACACGGCCCCGUCAUUGACACCGAAGUAAAAAUGGAGGUGGAUGGAGAAAAUAACAGUACUUUGGUAACAAGUGCCCCAUCGUCGCCUGCUACGCCGAAGCAUUCUAAUAGCAAUAAGGUUUUAUCAAAGUGAUCAGAACACGAUUAUAUUAUAUUUUAUCAUUUAUUUUGUUUUUCUUAAUUUAAUAAUACGUAUAAUUAUCUGCAUGCUAAAUUCUCAAUGUAGAUAAUUUUUUUUUUAUCACAUAUAAUAUAUGCAUAUAUAUUAUUUUUUCUGGCAUGAUAAUUUUGCUUGUUAAAAGAAAAACUUCAUAAUUGAAAUGUGUUAUCGAAAAAGAAAGCCAUAUGUGUUAAGACUUUUCACAAGAAAGUUAUUUCCUGAUAACUUUCAACAAAACCAUAUUUCUGUUAACUAUCCAUGUUCGGGCACUUAGAUAAAGAAAGUAUAAUACCGACAUUAUUUAAUACUUUCUUCCACUAGCGAAUACUGCCUUUGCAUUUGUCGGUAAUGUACAAUUAUCCGAAGUAUUGAUAAUUUGUUUAUUAUAGUUUUAUUUUUAUUUAGUGAAUAUUAUUGAGUCAUGAUUUAAAAAAAUAAAAUAAAUCAUUACUCUUAAUUUUAUUAUAAAUAUUUAUUAAGAAU